AUGGCUCUGAUGCUGUCAAUAACUGCUCCUAUUCUCCUCCUAGACGAAAUUGAAAUCUCAAGAUUUUUCAUUGGCUUCAAUUCUGGUUUAUUUUGUUUAAUAAAUUUGAAACGAUUUUAUUUACGAUUUUCAGGAAUCAAUACGGGACUUGCAUCAAUAUAUCUAAGCGAAAUUGCUCCAAUAAAUUUGCGUGGUGCUGUAGGAUGUAUGUCCAAUGUCUUCCUCUAUACUGUCUUUCAAUUCGCGUUGGUUGUUGGCCUGCCUUUUACGUCGGGAGAUGAGGAGAAUUGGCAUUUAAUAUUUCUACUUUCCUACAUACCUCUAAGUGUUCAAUUAACUUUGUUGGGGUUCUUCUGUCCUGAAUCACCCAAAUACUGCUACAUUGUUCAUGAAAAUUUUAUGGAAGCUGAGAGGAGUUUGCAAUUGCUUAGAGGAAGGAAUGAUGUGACAACAAUAGUCCCUAUUAAUGCUUCAGGAGGAUGUCUUGCUGCUUAUCUCAGUAUUGUCUUCAUUGCAGUUUAUGUUGUCUUCUUCUCUUUUGGAUUUGUUGCAAUAAUCGAAACCUAUUUGAGCGACCUUUUUCCUUCAGGAGCCCGCACAGCUGGUUGUAGUGCCUCAACAUUGGCAUCAAAGGAGCGUUACUUCAUCAACUUUGCUAUUCGUUUGACUAAAGAGAAGCCUAAAGGAAAAGGUUAA